CAAACAAUGAAUAGUUCAUAAAGGAUUAUAAUUAUUAGAUCAUUAUGAACACACAUACAUUCAAGAAAAGAAAAUUAUUGAAUAAACAAACUGUGAUGGGAUGGCGGGAUAUUCAAAUACUUUUGUUAUGCAAUUGUAAUCAGGUGUGGUGUUUAUUGAAAAAUUAUGAGUAGUUUGAAUUUAUUUGCAACAAAUGGCAAGAAAAUUCUUGGCGUUACAUCAAAUUACAAAUCCCUUAUCAAAGUUUUGAAAAUAGAUCCUCCAAAAACUUUAGAUGUGUUCAUGAAACCAAGCACAAGUUAUAUUACUGAAGGUCCAAUUGUGAUUCCAAAAGGAUUUUUAGUUAAUCAAGAGAUUGAACUAGGUGUAGUUAUUGGAAAAAAAGCGAAGAAAGUUUGUGAACAAGAAGCAAUGGACUAUAUUGGCGGUUACUGCGCAGGGCUGGAUAUGACAGCAGUUAACAAAAUUACUGAAGCGAGAAGUAAAGGAGGACCAUGGACGAUUGCGAAAGGUUUUGAUACAGCAACCCCUGUGAGCAAAUUUAUUCCAAAAACUAGUGUCCCAGACCCGUACAAAUUACAAUUAUGGUGUUCAGUGAAUGGGAAAUUACGUCAAGAUGCUUGCACGUCUGAUCUACUUUUCAAUUUAGCGCAUAUUAUUAGUUUCAUAAGUAGUUACAUCACUUUGGAACCAAACGAUAUGAUUCUAACUGGAGCACCCCCCAAUUUCGGACCAGUGAAAGAUAAAGAUGUCAUAACUGGUGGUAUUAGAGAUUUAGUUGAUAUUAAAUUUGAAGUAAUCGAAGAUAAAUGAGAUUGUUUUAGUUGGAUCGAAAUUUAAUAAAAAGUCGAUUGUAAA